ACCCCCGUAGAGGACGUCCCACUGGCCAUCGCUCCGUUUCAGGGACGUGUUCUGGUCGGAGUCGGGAAGCUGCUGAGGAUCUACGAUCUGGGCAAAAAGAAGCUGUUGCGUAAAUGUGAGAACAAGCACGUUCCUAACCUGGUGACUGGGAUCUACACUGUGGGCCAGCGAGUCAUCAUCUCCGAUGUUCAGGAGAGUCUCUUCUGGGUUCGCUACCGCCGCAACGAGAACCAGCUCAUCAUCUUUGCAGACGACACGUACCCCCGCUGGGUGACCACGGCCUGCCUGCUCGACUACGACACCAUGGCUUCUGCUGACAAGUUCGGCAACAUCAGCAUCGUGCGUCUCCCUCCCAACACCAGCGACGACGUGGAUGAAGACCCCACAGGGAACAAAGCCUUGUGGGACAGGGGUCUCCUGAACGGAGCCUCACAGAAGGCUGAAGUGGUGGUCAACUACCAUGUAGGAGAGACAGUACUGUCCCUGCAGAAGACCACCCUGAUCCCUGGAGGGUCUGAGUCCCUGGUCUACACUACCCUGUCCGGGGGCAUCGGGAUCCUGGUCCCCUUCACCUCACACGAGGACCACGACUUCUUCCAACAUCUAGAGAUGCACAUGCGCUCUGAGUUCCCCCCGCUGUGUGGCAGAGACCACCUCAGCUUCAGGUCCUACUACUUCCCCGUGAAGAACGUGAUUGAUGGAGACCUGUGUGAGCAGUUCAACAGUAUGGAUCCACACAAACAGAAGAGCGUGGCCGAGGAACUGGACCGGACCCCACCUGAGGUCUCCAAGAAGCUGGAGGACAUCCGGACCCGCUACGCUUUCUAGUCCUGAGCAGAACUGUCCUCUUCAGGGUCUCACACACCUGACCUGUCAGGUUUUCUGUCCUGGUCUCGUUAGUCAGCAGCUCCAGCUGUGACCAGAACUCCCACGCUCCCUGAACGCACCACCAGCUCCUGUUUGUCUCUGAGCGUCCCGGUUCUGCUCACCUGGACUCUGGUUCAGGUGUGGUGUGACAGGAAGUGGAGUUGAUGGAGCAGCAGGUUGUUUCAUGUUAAUUAGACUGUUUGUUGUGAUUAUUUGGUAUUAAUUGGACUGUCAGGUCACCUCCACCUGUGUGAGCUCACAGCAGCCUGUCAUUAAACAGCUGCACACUCAGACUAAACAAACAGCUGGAAGAAUUCAGAAAGUUCCCAACCUCAGCCACAGACAGCAUUCCACUGGGAGCACUGGAGUCUGGGUUUGUGGGCCGGCCCGGUGGUCUGCUCCUGUAAAUAAAGUUGUUUUUAUAAAAAAAC